AUGGUUGGUUUUCAUGUGGUUGUGAAAUUUCCCUCCAAUAGAAGAAAAUCAAGACACUCCCAAUUCAUUAGGUCUAAAAGAAACUUUUGUGCUUUGGGGUCAAAAUGCUCUUCACUGCUCUCUAGCAAGACAGAGGAGGCUUUCUCAAAAUGUAGCACGAGAACUAGUGAACCUGAGAUGAAACGAGUAAUCAGUUUUCUGCUUGAAGAAGCAUCAAGUUGCAUUAAAGAGUGGAGCCAGUUACAUUUCAUGAAAGUAGCUGGUUUGCUGGCAUGCACUUUCAUGAUCAUGCCAUCAGCCAAUGCCACCGAUGCUCUCAAAACUUGUGCCUGCUUACUUAAGGAAUGCAGGGUAGAACUUGCAAAGUGUAUUGGAAACCCAUCAUGUGCUGCCAAUAUUGCUUGUCUGCAAACUUGCAAUAAUCGACCUGAUGAGACUGAAUGCCAGAUUAAAUGUGGGGACCUGUUUGAAAACAGUGUCGUAGAUGAAUUUAAUGAAUGUGCAGUGUCGCGAAAGAAGUGUGUACCCAAGAAAUCUGAUGUGGGAGAAUUUCCCAUCCCAGAUCCGGCUGUUCUUGUUAAAAGCUUUGAUAUUGAAAAAUUUAAUGGAAAGUGGUUCAUUACAAGUGGCUUGAAUCCUACCUUUGAUGUAUUUGAUUGCCAGUUGCAUGAAUUCCAUACAGAAUCCAGCAAACUUGUGGGGAAUUUGUCUUGGAGAAUACGAACCCCGGAUGGUGGCUUUUUCACUAGAUCAGCUGUGCAGAAAUUCGUGCAAGACCCAAAUCAGCCUGGAAUACUUUACAAUCAUGACAAUGACUAUCUUCACUAUCAAGAUGACUGGUAUAUUCUAUCGUCCAAGAUGGAGAAUAAACCGGAUGACUACAUAUUUGUGUACUACCGUGGAAGGAAUGAUGCAUGGGAUGGCUACGGCGGUGCUGUGAUAUACACAAGGAGUUCAGUUUUGCCAGCAAGCAUUGUUCCUGACCUUGAAAAAGCAGCUGCAAGUGUGGGAAGGGACUUUAGCAAGUUUAUCAGAACAGAUAAUACUUGUGGCCCUGAGCCUCCUCUUGUAGAGAGGUUGGAGAAGACACUUGAAGAAGGGGAAAAGAACAUUAUAGAGGAAGUUAAACAGAUAGAAGGGGAAGUUGAGAAGGUUGAACAGACUGAGUUGACAUUGUUGCAAAAGUUAGCUGAAGGGUUUAACGUGCUUAAACAAGAUGAGGAGAAUUUCUUGAGAGGGCUUAGCAAAGAAGAGAUGGAUAUAUUGAGCGAGCUAAAAAUGGAAGCAGGUGAAGUAGAAAAGCUUUUUGGACAAACACUUCCACUUAGGAAGCUAAGAUAG